GUCAAAUACGUAUGACAUAUAUAACCAUACCAUCUGCUGCAUAUCUAUGAUACGUACAUGGCCUUGGGACCCAAGUCUACAUGUCAAUGAUUAGAAGGUUCUUUAUAUUAUCAGAAAAUACAUCGUCAAAUACAUCAUAGACUUUUGAGAGCAAUUCUAGAAAUAGAAUUGUUAUAUAUAUUCCAGUCUUGAGCUGUCUUCUCCAAGUACCUCAGUCUCUUUCCUUCUUACAUGCAUAUUUACUACUGAAUCUCUUGAAAAGGGUGUUAUCAUGACUUUAGCAAAUCUCCUCUCUCUUCUACUUUGCCUCGCACUGGUAGAAUAUUCUACUGCAAAUCUGGACUGUUUUUCUUCUGCUAGUGGUCUGGGCAGUACAAACUAUAACAACUGUUGUUCAGAUCAAACCAGCGGACAUGCCGAAGUGAAUGGAGUUCAGUUUGACUAUUACUGUGGUUCCUGGUUUAGCCCCACAGAUUCAACUCUGGAAGCUUCAAGCGCACGAGCCUGUGCUCAGCUUUGCUCCAUUGACGAUACAUGUGCAGCCAGCACAUGGCAAAGUGACCGUAACCGAUGUCAUCUCAGUCAGCUGUCUGAUAAGAUGGACAGCCACAAGUUGAAAAUUCAGACCAGCCCGCAAUAUGGUACUGGAUAUAUUGCUAUCCGAGAGAAUAUACAAAGUGUUCCUCCGGCGAGCGCCUGUCAGACAUGGAUUAAUGAGGCUAUCACCAACGGAACCGACACGUGCACAAAGCAAAUGGAACCGAUCCAGAAGGCCAGAGAUACAUUCGAACGGGAGAACCAAAUCUGCAAUACAACACUCCGCCGAACCCAGGAAGAAAGAGAUCAAUUAGACGGGGACAACACAAAACGCGGACAAACUAUCGACAAGCUGCAGAGAGAGAAGAAGACACUGGAUGAAGACAACAAGCGUCUAAAUGGAACUGUUCAAUUUUACGAAACAAUAUUGCUAUUGGAGGAUAACAGCAAGCGUCCUAGUCACUGGAAAGAAUGGAAGAGAUGCCCGGAGGUUCAUCAUGAAGAAAUUACGGUAGGCGGAGUCACCUACAAGCAGUACUGCAAUCAGGGUGUCGCCGCUGCACUAAACGCAUUCAGAGACUCAGUAGCCCUCUCUUUUGAUGAGUGCGUGAAAUCGUGCAGUGACCUUCCGUGGUGCCAGGGUAUCAAUUACUGGGUCUCUAGUAGCCGAACCCCCUGCGGCAGAUUUGACAAAUGGCGUGAACACCCUGGUAACCUUCGCUUCACAGACUAUCUUAUUGGAGCAAUUCCAUUGAAAGAAAAGCGACCUUAAAAUCACAUCACUGAAGUCACCGCAGAUGCUGAUUUGGUCAGCAUUCAACAUUAACAUUGUUG